AUGCCCAAGAUCAACCACGUCGUUGUUGUAGGCUGUGGUCCUUCGGGGCUGCUCCUGGGCACAAUGCUCGCGAGAAACCUAUCCAUCAAGGUCACCAUUCUCGACGCCAACACAGAGAUCGACAAGAACCCGCGCGCCGCCCACUAUGCUCCAUCCGCCAUGUUCGACUUCAAGCGCGCCGGUAUACUCGAAGAGGUGCGGGAGAAGGGGCUUUCGCCCAGGGGCGUAUGCUGGCGAUUGGACGACACCACGUUCCUUGCGGGCAUGGGCCGCGAACCCGAGGACACCGAACUUGCUAUGCGCGUGCUCCCGCUAGACCAGCUGGGCCCCCUCAUUGUGAAGCACUUUAAGAGCUACCCUAAUACCGAGAUACUGUGGGGACACAAAGUGGUGGGCGUGAAGCAGGAUGAGAAUGGCGCCACUGCUGUUGUGGAAACCGCAGAUGGCGAGCGAAAGGAGAUUACUGGGGACUACCUCGUAGGUGCAGAUGGCGCAUCAAGCGGUGUACGGACGGCUUUGUUCGGAAAGGAGUAUCCUGGCGAAACACUGCCUCAGCAGAUUGUGGCCACAAAUGUCUACUUGCCCUUCGACGAGAGAUUUGGGUACUGGGACUCAAAUUUUAUCGUGCAUCCGACCGACUGGUACAUGGCUGCCAAGAUCACCAAGGACGGCAUAUGGCGAGUUACGUACGGCGACGACGCCAGCCUCUCGCGCGAAGAACUCGUGAAGCGUCAACCACUGCGUUAUGAAAAGAUCCUCCCAGGUCAUCCUAAGCCACACGAAUACAAGCUGGUCAGCAUGAGCCCGUAUAAGUUGCAGCAGAGAUGCGCCCCAAGCUUUCGAGUGGGCAAGAUACUAUUGGUCGCAGACGCAGCUCAUCUAUGCAAUCCCUUUGGUGGCCUUGGCCUGACCGGAGGCUUUGCGGACGUCGGCUCCCUGUACGAUUGCUUCAUGGGCAUCCAUCAGGACGAACUUGACGAGUCGAUUCUGGACAAAUACAGUGAGAUCCGCAUUAAGAUCUGGCGGGAGAUGAUCGACCCAAUGUCACGUGCAAACUUCCACCGUUUAUGGGAUCCCGCAUGCGAGAAGGAGAAGGAAGAGUUCUUCAAAUUCUGUGAACGCGCGGACAAAGAUCCCGUGUGGGGCAAGUCGGUUGCUGAAGCUGUCCACGCGGUGCGGCACGACUUCACGCAAUACUUCAAGAGCAAGCAGAAGGCGGGUAUGGAUGCGAACGUCACUAAUGGUGCACCUGCCGUACAGGCCGCCGCCUGA